CGUCUUCGAACAACCUUCUCAAAAGAGCCAUGGACUUUGUUCUGAAUAAGAUAGAUAAACACUUGGACAAUCAUAGAAGCCUUGAUCAACAUCGGAAGGACCUUAAAAGGAAAUUGGAGGAAUUGAAUGGUUUGAAGGAAGACACAGAAUCUAUAAAGAGAUCAGAGCUGCAGCCGAGAAAGAAACUCAAGGCGGAAGUCCAGAUAUGGUUGGAAAAUGUUGAAAGAGUCAAUGGCGAAGUGCAAGUCCUUGAUGGAAGAAUCGGCGAAAGUAGUGCUCUUACACGUGGAUUUCACACAGAAGAUGUCUCGAAGAGUAUUACGGAAGUUGAAGAACUUAUUAUUCAACAUGGUAAGUUUCAUGGAGGUUUGGUGGUUGACAAUCCUCAAUGGAUAGGACAAGUUUUAUCGACAACAAGUUUAUCAGGUGAAGCUGUAAAGGUAUGUAUUGAAGAGAUCUGGCAUUGCUUGAUGGAUGAUGAGGUUCCAAAGAUUGGAGUUUGGGGCAUGGGUGGCGUGGGGAAAACAAGCAUCAUGAAGGUUAUAAACAACCAACUCUUAAAAGAGACAGGGAAAUUCAAUAUUGUGAUUUGGAUCACUGUAUCCAAAGAGAUGAGUAUUGCUAAACUGCAGGAAGACAUUGCAAGUAAAAUAGAAGUCAAAUUUUCUGGUUGUGGAGAUGAAACUACAAGGGCAGGGAUGCUCCUUGAAACAUUGUCUCAGAAGAGUAGAUUUGUGAUGAUCUUGGAUGACCUAUGGGAGAAGGUUUCACUUGAGAGAAUAGGAAUUCCUGAGCCGUCAAAUGGGAGUAAAUUAGUGUUGACAACAAGAUCAGCUGAUGUGUGUCGACAAGUGGGUUGUAGAAUGAUUAAAGUGAAGCCUCUGACGGAAGAAGAGGCAUGGAAGUUGUUCUUAGAGAAGGCGCGCUGUGAUAUUCGAGGGGUGGAACCAAUUGCAAGAUCAGUUUCUAAGCAUUGUGCAGGUUUGCCCUUGGGAGUAAUUACUAUAGCUUCUUGUAUGAAGGGCAUUGAUGACAUUUCAGAAUGGAGGAAUGCACUAAAAGAAUUAAGUCUACGCAAAAAGAGUGUUAAUGGAUUCGAAGAUGAAGUGUUCCAACAAUUACAAUUUAGUUAUGAUCGUUUAAAGAAUCCAAAACUUCAAGACUGUUUCCUCAGUUGUGCAUUAUAUCCAGAAGAUGAGGAAAUUGAAGAACGAAGUCUUAUUCAACUUUGGAUCGGAGAAGGGCUAGUGGAAGAAAUGGAUAGCAUGCAGGCAGAGUAUGACAAUGGUCGUGCAAUAAUGAAUAGACUCAUCAGCAAUUGUUUGUUGGAAGGUUUUACUAAAGAGGAAAUAGAAGAUGUGUAA